ACCACUCGUCGUCAACCUAGAAAAAACAAUGAAAAUGAAACGAAGGAAAAUCGAAAAGAAAUUAAAACAAAAAGGAUGCUAGGAUCUUCCAGCUACUACCCAAGAACUGUGUUGAUAUAAGUUAUUCCGCCAUUCCCUUUCUUUCUCCACCGAAUCAUAUAUAGCUUUUACCUGUAUUUCUGCGAGUACACGUGUUGAACAAAUCCCCGGAAAAUAUGCAGAUUCUUCACAUUCCAUGCCUGGAAGAUAACUACUCCUACAUGAUUAUUGAUGAGGCGACGAAAGAAGCAGCGGUGGUGGACCCUGUGGAGCCUCACAAGAUUCUCCGGGUAGCUCAAGAAAACGGGGUUGAUCUGAAGCUCGUCCUCACCACCCACCACCACUGGGAUCAUGCUGGUGGCAAUGACAAGAUUAAGCAGUUAGUGCCUCAGAUCAAGAUUUUUGGUGGUUCUGUUGAUAACGUACAAGGGUGUACUAACAAAGUCGAAAAUGGUGAUAAACUUUCUCUUGGGACUGGGAUUGAUAUAUUGUGUCUCCAUACACCAUGCCACACAAAGGGUCAUAUAAGUUACUAUGUUACGGGCAAAGAAGGAGAUGAUCCUGCAGUCUUUACUGGGGACACAUUGUUCGUUGCUGGCUGUGGGAAGUUUUUUGAAGGCACUGCAGAGCAGAUGUAUCAAUCUCUAUGUGUUACCCUUGGUUCUUUGCCGAAGCCAACUCGAGUGUACUGUGGUCAUGAGUAUACAGUGAAGAACUUGCAGUUUGCUUCGACUGUGGAGCCAGAUAAUGUGAGGAUAUCCCAAAAAUUAUCGUGGGCUGAGCAGAAGAGACAUACUGGUCUUCCAACCGUUCCAUCAACUAUCGAGGAAGAACUGGAGACUAACCCAUUCAUGCGCGUCGAUCUACCUGAGGUUCAGGAGAAGGUCGGCUGCAGGUCCCCAGUCGAAGCCCUGCGGGAAAUAAGACAGCGAAAGGAUAACUGGAGAGGAUGAACUAUGUAGUCUUGAUGAAUGCAGUUUUCUGUUGUUUCAGCUCCUCUCAUCAUCAGCAGGUCCAUAAUAAUAUUGUAUGAAUGCUAUUUCGUCUUUGUCGUUGGUUUGUGGUAAUACAAAGUCACAAAGACGCAAACACACUCCAUCUAUCUGAUUCUUCUCUUGAAUUCAACUAAGUUUGCUACCUAAUUUGCCUUAAA